AUGGUGCGGUCGUCCGCACCAUCUCCCUCCACGAAUGACUCCACCUCAUCGUCUGGGGUAUCUGAUAGUACUUCUAUCAAUGAGGUCAAUGAGACUGUCUCUGAGGAUGAUCACAACCCGCAACACGAGUUUGCUCUUCUCGAAUUGGUUAUUGAUGCACUCAAUAGUUUCAGUUCCCAGGUCUCGGAGGCAGACUGUAGUGUUGUCGCCUCGAUUUCCACAGCGAUUUCUCGCCUGAAAGAUAUUCGUAACUACCACGGCCACUUGGCUGAGGAUGAUACAAAGCUUGCUCUAACAAAUCUCAUGAACGAUGGAGGUUUUUUACCAAUUUAUGUCCCUGCGCAAAAUGCCGCGGUGCUCUUGUCUCGACAUCAGGACAUCCACUUCGAAUCAUUUGAGCUUUCUUCUCGCAACAAGGCUGUCAUGGCCACCUUGGGUCGUCUUCGGCGCUCAUUUCCUGGCUACGCUCUUGCUUUCACGAUGAAUACAUUUGACAACGUUGAACUCCGCGACAUGAUAUCUCAAACCCUAUGCCAAAUGAGCCAUCAGUCAGCUCCCAAUACCAGUUUGAAAGUGAAAAAAGCCGGGGAACAACACGAUGAGGAUCGCGAUACAACCCAUCCCAAAAUGAUUACUGAGUUUAUGAUGUCAGUCCUGCUUCCACUUGGUACCACUGUACGCUGGCCUCAAAUCCUCAAGCACACCCGUGAUGAUAUUUUGUGGCAAAGAAGCCGAUCCCCCUGGCGGAGAUCGUCACUGUGGCUUUUAGUCCGAGUCACUAUGCAACUUAUUUGCCGUAGAAGUCUUGGACAAGAGAGGGGGUAUGAACUGUACAAACAUUUUAUGGUCUUCUUCAUGGCUUCCGUUGCUGGCUGUUUUGAUAUUGGAGCCUCAAGUGACGACCUCUAUGUUAUGAACGCGAAACUGGCACGUCGUUUGCUUAGAAUCAACUUGUCAGUUAAACCUGCUUGGUUGUCUUCUGUUGAGAAAAUCGUGAAUCAAAAGGUCCUGCAAAUUGACGAGCACUGGGGACAGAUUCAGUUCAAAAGCAAGCAUUACCCCGAUGUGCAAUCACUAGCUCUACUGAAUUUUCUCAAUGAUAUCAGUGUUCAACUCCCGGGCCUGGAUGCUCAUAUCUCAAGUAUCUUCCAGCAAACUUCUCGUGGGCCCAUCACUUCCGCCUUCCAGCCGUCUUCAAGGUUACUUCAGCUACAGCCUGGGGUGCUUCCAUGCCAUCUUGACUUUGUUGAUCUUCAUGAUGCGGACUACACGAUCUACAAUCUCGCAUCAUUUGAGUACUGGGUUUCUUCAAGCCUCAGUGCCUGGCUUAUGAAAAACACUGCUAAGUUGAAGACAUCUGCUAAGUUGAAGACAUGUGCUAAGCUUGGUACCCUGAUGAUUUGCUACCAUCGAGCUGCUGCCACUGCGUACUCUGGCAAUCCUGAGGCUAUUUCCAUCAUGGUUCUGACUCUGCUGGAACUUUGGGUUGCUUCUGAUAAAUCUGCCAACCUAAUCCACGAAGAUUUGAAAGACUACGACCCGUGCAUUCCAGCCGUCUCUUUUGCUACCUCUUCCGUCACAAAUGCUGAGGCUUUCUUGUGCUGA